UUGAUGGAAAUCUUGGUAGCGCCCGCUACGGCGGCCUGAGGAGCGCAAGUACGUCAAUGAUUGCGGGUAGAUCGGAACGUAGGACAGCUUGUGAUUGCCUCAUCGCCGACAAUUCCAUAUGGACCCGCAAGAGCUAGGUGAACUAGCUGGUGAGUACUUGAGCAUGGCUUGAUGGAUGAGAUGCAAGUUUGGCGGCCCUGCUUGAAUAUUCGCUGUGGCCUGACUGCUUGGAUUGCUCUUCCUCGUCAGCUUGCGGAACGCAAACAACCGCAUACAGACAGUCAGCUUAGGGACUACAAGCAAACAAAUAGAUACGCAGGAGAAGGCAGCAUGACCGAUCCGUCGCAGACGCUGUCAAUUGGCUCAGUACCUGCGCUAGCAACCGACAGCCCCGCCCUUGCGCAAGAUGUGGGAGCAGGGACAGCAGGCCAGGAUCAGGCCCCCUCAGGCGGAGCAGCGACACCAGCAGUGCAGCUACCCCUGGAAUCUUCGGCAGCGGCGAAGGAUGCAACACAUGGCCAUUCCCUUCCAAACAAUGCCAGCGAUAGCAGCUUUAACAUACAGGGCUCUCCUGCCUCUCCGCAGCUGAGCUUCGAUGAGUUGGGCAGACCGCUACAGCUGCAGCGAGGAGCGGAAGCAGGAUACACGCCGGCCCCAACCCUGACAAGCGAAUACAAGGCUCGUGGUUCCUCCUCCAUGAUGGGUUUGGGCAUCAGCUCCCUAUUCGCGUCUACUUCAAAUCCUGUUGCCGCCGUCAUGCCCCCCGGCGCAUCAUUGCCCACACCAGUACUGUUUCCACUUCGAGGCGACAGCGUCAGCAUGCCCUCUCCCUCAGUUUCUCGCGGAACUUUUCCUUCACCGCCAACAUUACCAAAGCCUGCAAAGUUGCCCGAGGAAGCAGCUUCGCCGCCCUUGACCACGAGCACCAAAUCGGGUUUCCGAGCGCGGCUUUUUUCGCGCUCUAAAGCGUCCUUUUCUGCUACUCCGCCCUCGCUGGCGCCAACGGGAGAUAGCGUGCCGUCGCUUCCACUUUCGCCUCCACCUGCUGGCCCGGCGACGAGCAUGGGGACUGAGGGAGGAGCAAGUGGAAAAGGCCGACAGGGCACAGAGCAGUUCGAGAACGAUCUCGUGUCCUCUAUGACUCUGCCGCCCGGAUCGGCCACAGCUGGCAAAGUUGGAGGUGUAGAAAGCUUAGAAGAAGUUGGGGAGGCAGGAGAAAGCAUCAAGGGGGCUACUGCAGCUGGAGCGGAACCUGGGACAACAGAUCGGCUUCGACGAGAUAUCGGGCAACUCGAGAGCGACCUUGGGUCCUCCAUGGCGCCUCCUAUUGCUCAGCGACAGGGUGCGCGCGUCAGGCCGCAGCCUAUUGAUACGUCUGUCCAGAUGAAGGAAGGAAUAAUCAGCGCUACCGGUUCCAGCUCGUCUAUGGAGGCUCCGACACCCAGAUCACGGGAUACUGCUUCGCCGCCUGUUUCGACUUCCGCUGCAGGCGCAGGGAGUUCGUUUCUCGGCUCGGGAUUUGCGCGAGGUAUGUUCGACGGCUUGCGUCGGGGCGGAUCUGCGAGCAAAAAGGAAGGACAGCUCGGCUCCAACGUUGGCAGCAAGGGAAAGAGUAGGGAGCCGGAUAGUCCGCUCUCAGCUUCCGUCCUAGGAGCGCCGCUGGCUGUCUUUGGACCCGAUGAGCGCUUGCCGCGCAGCAGGGAGGAUUCAGGACCGCACGAGAUGGGAAGGUCAUAUUCUACAGCGUACGCGCCUCCGCCACAUGCUGUCAAUGUCAGAUUGGGGUUGCUGGCCUCAGCCGACAACAUCAUCACGCCUCCGUCAGUCUCCUCACCCCGCUUGGGGCCGCGGCUUCACCAGUCGCAAUCUCAGGACCAGUUCAGGCCUCCUCCGCAUUUGCGAUCAGCCUCAGUAGGUGGUGUAAGCAGCAAUGCCCACGAUAUUAUUUCCAAAACAUCAUCAGCACCCGCGUCAGCAGCAUCAGCACCAGGCCCAGCAUCCCAUUCUGCUUUUGUCAAAGUUGCGACGUACCCAGCGAAUCGCUCUUUCCCCAAUUCUGGCAGCGUGCUACCUGAUUCAGCGUCGAACGACUCAGCGCCCACCGCUCCCGGAACUUAUUCUGCUGCUGCUGGAAGAGCAGAUGAAGCACGGUAUAUGCUCAUGUCCGCGCCGAAGUCGUUGUCCUUUUUUGGGAUUCAGCCCAAAAAUGCAGCAGCAAGCGCUCCUGUGGGCGAAAAGGCAGCCGCAGCGGCGGCUUGCGCUGCAGCCACAGCCACAGCCAUAGCCGCAAGAAAGAAGGACGCAGCGGGGCCUGGAUGGCACCAGGACGAGAUAGGCGACGGUGAUGAAGGCGGCAAUGUUGCUUCAUCACUUCCGAGUGGUGCCUCUGAAGCCAUCAUUUCGAGGCACCAGAGCGUCAGCGGCAUGAGUGAUGGAACCAUGGUCACAGCCUCGACGGGGCCGCACAGCCGGACAGAGAGCUUCAGCGGUCCAUCCAUUGCAGGAGACAUGCGAGAAGGGCAGUUUUCACUGCAUGCAUUGGCGCCAGGGUCAAAAACCCCCAUGCAGGAGUCUUCGUCCGGCUCGGUCGCCUCGCCCUCCUCUUCAGAAGGGCUGCGCUUUGCGACGCCAUCAAAGUGGCCUACGGCUUCUUCCACUACGUUCCAGCGCCCAAGCUUGAAGACGCGUGAUUCGGAGAUCUCCUUACCUGAGUUGACGAAAGUUGGAUCGUAUUCCGAUUCGGGGCACGAGAGCGCCUUUAGCGCCUCUCCGCCGGAAGUGCCCAUGCUCCGGAGACUCGGCGCCACGCGUCGCACGUCAUUCUUGCCCCCUGCUGCGGAGCUGACUCACAGCAGUAGUGCCGGAUGUGGGAAUACGCCAAUCGGCAGCGCUGGCUCGUUCGGUGCGGGUCUGUCAGGUUCAGCGGCACCUUCGCCUGCUUCGCAGCCGGAAUCGGCGCCAGGUACAAGGACUGGCGGCGGACACAAAUGGCACAGCAGGAUGCUCAGUGCGUCGCAAUUAAGUAAACUGAAUCCUGGUACGAGGAUCCUCGCGGACUUGGAGGCGACACAGCCGGUCGCGCCGAGGGCUUUGGUUCCUGCUGGAAAGAGCAGAAGGGUGAUUGUCAGACGAGCGAGCUGGCCUUUUGAAUCCAAGGAGGCUGCCAAAAGUAAGGCUAAGAAAGGCGCAAGGCAUCGUGAGUUGCUUCAUUAUUUUUUCCGCUGGGGACCUGCAUGAUCGGACAGGACCUGUAACGACUUCUUUCCCUGUUUUUUUUCCAGGCCGGCAAAGACGUCCCCCCUCCAUUACAAUACACACUCAAGGGCGCUAUUCGUCCAAACACGAUAGGUCUUCCAGCUCACAGUUCCUGACACCAUCCAGCUCUCACAAUUCAGAAGCGAA